AACAUUUUUUAAGACUACCGGUAUCCUUCGAUAUUGCUGCACCUUUGCACUGAACACCCCCCAACCUCUCUCUCUCUCUCUCUCUCUCUCUCUCUCUCUCUCUCUCUCUCUUCCCCCGUCUUCUUCCAUCGCUGCCGCAACGGCGCGCGCUUGCGCGUCAGGAGGAGAAGUCGGCGGCGGCCAUGGGGAGCUGCUUCUCAUCGGAGGGCGGCAACGAGAGCAGGAAGGAGUCCGCGGAGAGGCCACAGAUCACACCGGACGAGACGGCCGCCUCAGAGAUGGAUGUGAAUUUAAAUACCACAAAUGCUGAUUCCAUCUCGAACCAUGGUAUGGAGAGGCUUAUUCAUGGCCAGUCAUUCACCUACGGGGAGCUGUAUGCGGCGACAGGGGGCUUCAGUGACGAUCGCUUUCUAGGAGAGGGCGGGUUUGGCCAGGUGUAUAGGGGCGUGCUGGAUAACUCCCAGGAGGUGGCUAUAAAGAUUCUUAAUCUACAAGGCAAUCAAGGAGACAGGGAGUUCAUCACCGAAGCUUCAGUGUUGAGUAAACUACAUCACACAAAUCUUGUCAAGCUUAUUGGCUGUUGUCAGGAUGGUGAUCAGAGGCUUUUAGUUUAUGAAUACAUGCCUUUGGGUUCCCUGAAAAGUCAUCUCCAUGAUCUUUCCCCUGAUAAGAAGCCUCUUGACUGGAACACAAGGAUCAAGAUACUUGUCGGGGCAGCUAAAGGCCUGCAGCACUUGCAUGUCAAUGUUGACCCUCCCGUCAUAAACCGCGACGUGAAAUCUGAAAACAUUUUGCUUGGAGAUGGAUAUCAUCCAAAGCUUUCUGACUUUGGCUUGGCAAAGAUGGGUCCAACUGGUGAUGACACUCAUAUUUCGACUAGAGUGAUGGGCACACUUGGAUAUUGUGCUCCUGAUUAUCUUGAGAGUGGUAAACUGACCGUCCAGUCAGAUAUUUACAGCUUUGGUGUGGUCAUGUUGGAGGUCAUCACAGGACAAAAGGUUAUAGAUGACAGUCGAGCUAAGCCUGAGCGAAAUAUUGUUGAAUGGGCCAUCCCCAAGAUCAACAAAAAGGAUUUUCCCAAAUUAGCAGACCCGGUGCUUAACGGUCAGUACCACAUGAGGUCCUUGUUCCGGGCCCUUACUGUUGCUGCUCUGUGUGUUGACAGAACAGCCAACCGGAGGCCAGAUAUCACAGCAGUAGUUGAUGCUCUUACUCAGAUCUCAGAGUCACAAUCCAGCAGAAAGCGGUGGUCAUCUCGUCUGCAAUCAUCUGUAGGUUCCAGUGCAUCGACUGAACCGAGGAUAGAAGAUUGGAACCAAGCCAAGGAUCAGGGAGAAGGCAGCUAGGAAGCCCAAUUGCAGAACAGCAACAUGGUUUCCCUGUCACUAUUAGUCUCAAGCCUUGCUCUUUGUGUCGUGAGCCGUGAUGGUUACUGCCUGAGAGUAGUAGAAACUGAAGAACAGCGCUGUUCCAUUUCGGAACAUAUGGUUGAAUUUCUGGAGGGAACUUCUGUUCCUUUUCUUCUGUACAUGGAUGAGGCUUGUCAUUUUGUUGUCUUUCGACAUAGAGCUCCAUACUCCGAAAGCAUCUCCAGAUGGUUUCAUGGCAUUGCUCCUAUGUUGAAAUCAGGAUGAGAUGGGUCUCACGUUUGCUUCCCUUUGUUGUAUGGAUGUACUUAAAAGGGAUUAAAGUUUUUUUUGUGUUUGGAUACAACUUUGUUUUAAGGUUACACCGAAGUGUCAGUUCAACCUCUGUCCAUUUGUUGUAUGGAUGGACUUAAAAGGGGUUAAAGCUUCUCUCUUUGGAUACAACUUUGGUUCAAGGUUAUACCCAAGUGUCAGAUCAAACUCAGUCCAUUUGAGUAUGGAUGCACUUAAAUGGCGUUGAAGUCUCUCUUUGCAUUCAACUUUGCUCUAAGGUUAUAUUUUGUUUUCAGUA